AUGUCAGCAGGUACGACUCUGUCCCUGCUUACCCCACCUGUAGAAUUUAAAUUGGUGCUGGCAGUACGUCACUGUUUGCACACCUUUAAAAAGGUGUAUGACCUCACCAUUCAGUCCAAUCCACCAACAAAUGGAGGCUUCAUUCAGACAGAACCAGAGAGUACAGUGUCUCUGACCUGCACUGUUGAUGGAUCUGCUGGUGCAGAACUACAAUGGUACAGAAAUGGACGACUGGUGAAUCUCAAAAAGGGAAACAACUGGGAUGUGAGCCACCUGUGUGUGGAACCAGUCACCAAAGGCGAUAAUGGAGCCAUCUUUACUUGCAAGUUAAAGACUAAUCCUGAUGUGAAUACCUUCAUCCAACUGGAAGUCAACUAUCCCCCUAACCUAAAUGGCACAGAAGAAGUCCUGGCUGGAGAGAAAAGUGACAUUGUUCUCUCAUGUGAUGUUCAGGCUAAUCCAUCAGUAACAGUAGUGUGGAAAAAGGAUAGUGAGCUUUUGGACCUUUCUCUUAGUAACUACAAAACCAGCAAUAAUGGAAUUACAGCUGCACUUUAUAUUUCAAACAUUAACCAUAAAAUCCAUCAGGCUGUGUACAGCUGUGAGACCACCUCGUCUAUAUAUGGAGUAAAAAGCAAGAACUUCAAGGUCAUUGUUGGAGAUGAAGUGAUGAAGUUUCCCCUGGGGCCUGCAAUUGCUGGCGUGGUGAUCCUCUUCUUUACAUUUCUGCUCGCUGUGUUCUCCAGAUGGAAGAAGAUUGUAAAGUGCUUUAAAAAAGAUUGA